GGGGGCGGCCAAAGUGGAGAGGGGUCAGCAGCAGCCAGAGCAUGCUCUCCACGCAACAGUUCCCUGCCCUGCCUGCGGAGGAGGAGCGCUACCGGCAGGUCCUCUCCGCCAGCCGGGUCUUAGGAACAGAUGAGGAUAGUAUGGGGGAUGGCUGCUCUCAGAAACUGGCUUCUGCCAAGUUCCUUCGACUUUUGCUCCUGAUACUGAUUCCGUGCAUUUGUGCUCUGAUCCUUUUGCUGGUGAUCCUGCUUACCUUUGUAGGAGUGUUAGAAAAAACAUGCUUUUAUUCAAAUGGAAGUGAAGGCCUCACAGUUAAUGGUGACUUUGAAAUGUCUCCUGAUCUUUUGCCAAAUAUGGUUGAAAAUAGUUCCGAGACUGAUCCCACAGUGGAUCUCAGCACUCAGCCCUCUUCUUGGACCACCACGCCUUUAUCCCACGUUGACCAAAUGAACAAGAACUCAAAUAUAUUUAGAGAAUCUUUCCAGGAAAAUUCCUUUGAUCCCCCAACUCAAGCCACAGUGCUCAGUCAUCAACCUGCCUCUGAAGCUGCUUUGGCAGAGGGCUCUGAAGACAGCACCCAGCUCUUUGCCACUGCAGUGGAAGCGACGUUGUGGUCUACAGAGACUUCUUUUAACAACACUGAGAGGAUGACCACUCUGCCAGUAUUAAGUCCUACCCGUCCAUCUGUGUCACAAAAAAUGGAUCAGAAAAAAAGUGCCUGCAGAAAUAUCACCAACAGCCAGUGCCAAAUGCUGCCAUAUAACUACACCACUGUCACUUCAGUUCUCUCCAUUGUCAAGAGCAUUGAAAUGGAAAAGUUCCUGAAGUUCUUCAGUUACCUCAAUCGUCUCAACUGCUAUCAGCACAUCAUGCUGUUCGGCUGCAGCCUCGCUCUUCCUGAAUGCAUCAGUGAUGGUGAUGACAGUCGAGGCCUCUUGCCCUGCAGGACGUUUUGUGAGGCAGCAAAAGAAGGCUGUGAACCAGUCCUGGGUAUGGUGAAUGCUUCUUGGCCAGACUUCUUGAAGUGCUCUCAAUUCCAGAACAAAACUGAGAAUGACACCACUACAAGGGUAUGCUUCUCACCACACCAAGAAAAAGGAAAGCAGUCACUGUGUGGAGGAGAGGAGAGUUUCAUGUGUGCCAGUGGGAUUUGCAUCCCAGGGAAACUGCAGUGCAAUGGCUACAACGACUGUGAUGAUUGGAGUGAUGAGGUCCAUUGUAAUUGCAGCAAUGAUGUGUUUCGUUGUGACACGGGAAAAUGCCUCAAUUACACCUUUGUUUGUGAUGGAUAUGAUGACUGUGGAGACCUUAGUGAUGAGCAAAAUUGUGAUUGCAAUCCAGUGACACAUCACCAGUGUGGAGAGGGGAGAUGUAUAACAGCUGAUUGGGUAUGUGAUGGUGACCAUGACUGUAUAGACAAAUCAGAUGAGAUCAAUUGCUCAUGUCACAGUCAGGGUCUGGUGGAGUGCAGAAAUGGGCAGUGCAUUCCUAGUGCAUUCCAGUGUGAUGGAGAUAAUGAUUGUAAAGAUGGAAGUGAUGAAGAAAACUGCAGUGAAAAUCAAACCCUCUGUCAGGAGGGAGACCAGAGGUGCUCCUCCUGCCCUGAUCCCUGUGGAGCCUCUCCCUGUGAGAUGAGGAACAGCCAGGCAAACUGCAGUCAGUGUGAACCAAUUACUCUGGAACUUUGUAUGAACUUGCCUUACAACUAUACUUAUUACCCAAACUACCUGGGCCACAGGACACAGAAGGAAGCCUCGAUCAGCUGGGAGUCUUCCCUUUUCCCAGCUUUGGUUCAGACCAACUGCUACAAGUACCUGAUGUUUUUUGCCUGCACAAUCUUAGUACCAAAAUGUGACCCCCAUACAAAUCAGCGGAUCCCACCUUGCAGGACAUUAUGUGUACAGUCUAAGGAGCGCUGUGAGGCUGUGCUUGGGAUUGUAGGUCUGCAGUGGCCAGAGGAUACAGACUGCACUCAGUUUCCAGAUGAGAACUCAGAUAACCAAACCUGUCUAACACCAGAUGAAGAUGUGGAAGAGUGCUCCCCCAGUCACUUCAAGUGCCGCUCGGGGCGGUGCGUGCUGGCGGCGCGGAGGUGCGACGGGCAGGCUGACUGCGAGGACGACAGCGACGAGGACAGCUGUGGUUGUAGAGAAAGGGGUCUUUGGGAGUGUCCUUUGAAGAAGGUGUGCAUCAAACACACUAUGAUCUGUGAUGGUUUCCCAGACUGCCCUGACAUGAUGGAUGAAAAGAAUUGCUCAUUUUGUGACAAGAGUGAACUUGAAUGUGCCAACCAUGAGUGUGUGCCCCGUGAACUCUGGUGUGAUGGGCAGGCAGACUGCACUGACAGCUCAGAUGAAUGGGACUGUGUUACACUGUCUAAAACCAGGAAUUCCUUGAUGCUCCUGACUGUUCACAGGUCAGCUGCUGAUAACCAUGUUUGUGCUGAUGACUGGCAAGAAAACUUAAGCCAACUGGCCUGCAAUCAGAUGGGUUUAGGAGGACCAUCCAAAACAGAAAUUGUAAUAGAGAGUGAGCAAAUGCAGGACCAAAAAUGGCUGAAUCUGCACUCAGACUGGAAGAAUAAAAAUGCAUCCACUUUACAUGCACUUCUAGUGAAUGGACAGACGUGUCAAAGCAGAAGCAAGGUGGCUCUCUUUUGCACUAAAGAAGAGUGCGGCCGCCGCCCCGCCGCCCGCAUGAGCAAGAGGAUCCUGGGGGGCCGCACGAGCCGGCCGGGGCGCUGGCCCUGGCAGUGCUCCCUGCAGAGCGAGCCCAGCGGGCACGUCUGCGGCUGUGUGCUCAUCGCCCGCAGAUGGGUCCUGACCGUCGCUCACUGCUUCGAGGGGAGAGAAAGUGCAGCUGUCUGGAAAGUGGUGUUUGGGAUUAGCAAUCUUGAUCAUCCAUCAAGUUUCAUGCAGACCCGACUAGUGAGGACCAUCAUCCUCCAUCCACGCUACAACAGAGCAGUUGUAGACUAUGAUAUCAGCAUUGUGGAACUCGAUGAGGACAUCAACGAGACAAGCUAUGUGAGACCUGUCUGCUUGCCCAGCAAGAACCAGUUGGUUCAGCCAGACACCUACUGCUACAUCACAGGCUGGGGACACAUGGGCAACAAAAUGCCUUUCAAGCUUCAAGAAGGAGAGGUUCGCAUAAUUUCCUUAGAGCAAUGCCAGUCAUAUUUUGACAUGAAAAUCAUCACCAGCAGGAUGCUGUGUGCAGGCUACGAAUCUGGCACCGUGGACUCUUGCAUGGGUGACAGUGGAGGACCACUUGUGUGCGAGCAUACUGCCGGGCGCUGGACUCUGUUUGGUUUAACAUCCUGGGGCUCUGUCUGCUUUUCCAAGGUUUUGGGACCUGGAGUUUACAGUAACGUGUCACAUUUUAUUGAGUGGAUUGAAAGACAAAUAUAUAUCCACACCUUUCUGCUAAACUAACUCCAGAUGGUAAGGAUUAUGCUGACAGACAGAAGAAAAAAGGAAUCAGCACUUCAACACUGAAGGUUUUGCAGUCCAGAAACUCUGUGAAAAGGAGUUUCAAGCUCUGUCUAUUCUUGUUGUGGAGCAAUGGAAUAUGCAGUGUAUGUUACUGGUAAAUCCUCUGCUCGUGAAUAUACUUUGUGGUAGAAUUAAUAAUCCUUUUGACUUUUCUUUUAACUGUGUUGUGGUGCUAUUCUAAACACUGCAAAAAGCUUAAAAGAAAAGAAUCAACCACUUUCUGCCUUUCAGCUAUUAAAACUAAGCAGUAGCACAGACUAGAAGAACUUUUUAAAAUAACCUAUUUUAAUACUAUUCAGUUAGUAGCACAUGCAUUUUCACUCACUUCUUGUGAUGAGGAAGGAACUUUGUGCAUUCAUGUGGCCCUGCAGGACGUACAUUCACAAGGACAACUCUGACAGGGGCAUACCACAUGCUGGAGGAAGAGAUUGAUGGGUUUGUACAUCCAUGUGGCACAGGACACAUCAAAGCACACGUGCACAUCUCCAAAGGUGUGUAGCCAUAUGCUCCUGGCAUGCCUGAGCGAGUGCAUUUUGUCCCUCAGGGUGGUUCAUUUGCAUAGGCAUACCCCUGUACUGUCCUCAUUCCACAGCUUCUGUUCCCAGAGCCAGACUGGGCAUCUCUCUGGGGUGAUGCAGGAACCAGUAGGCCCACAGACCCAUAACUGCCAGUAGAGGCACUAGAGACCAAAACUUUAUUGUUCAGACUCUGUGGACAGCCUCUAGCACUUAAUCUUCUGAAGCUUCCAACGUCCUAAUGUGUCUAGGAAACACCCAUGUCUCAGCAGCACUACACUGAGCAGUGUAUUUAUCAAACCUGUGCCCCACUGGCUUUCCCCCUCACACUGUAUCGUGUGUUCAGCGUACAAAGCAUGCACUGACCAUCUCCAGCCCUCUAAAAACCUAAGAGGGUUGGCAAUACCACUGCAAUGGUUUUCCCUCCUAGAGUCAGCUAGUUUGGACAUCUUGUGAGACAUGGAAAAUGCAGAUUUAAAAUGCAAUAGAUGCAGUGUGGUCACUGUCACAAUAUUGGGGAACUGGGUAAUUUUUAUAGGUCUCUUCUUGUACCUUGCAUUUAAAGUUUAAUUUUGACGGCAAGAUAAAACAUUUGGGAAAAGGAAAAAAGCAGAAAGAGUUUGAUGGAAGACUUGGCUUCUGUUGAAAUGAGUAUUAGAAAUACCAGAUGCAAAGUACAACAGCUUCACCAGCAAAGGCUCGAGGAGCCCAGCUCAAGUGCUUGGUAGCCAGAUGUGGAGUGCUCUGUGCAGUAGUAAGACACUGAGCCUUAACUCUACUUAACUCCAAGAGAAUCUGGUUGAAAAAGAUUAUGAUGGAGCUUGGCACCUUUUUAUGGUGCUAGAGGGGAAGUAUGUCCUAUCAACUGGUGUAGAUCAUGUCCUGCACAGCUAUCAGCUUUUAGGAGGCUACAACAGGACGAGUUGGGAAUCUGAGGACUACAAGACAAAUUCCACUGGGGAACAAUGCAUUUAAAAUUUGUGUUUUCAGUGCUGUGCCUGGUCCCCUGUGAAUCCAGCCUAAGGCACAUAAUAAUCAUCUCUGCUACCUCUGGCACGGCCCCAUGACAGCAAGGCAGGGCCUUGUCAAUAGCAUGACUGACUGCUGCAUGUGAAAACAUGCAUAAAAAAGACCUAACACAUGGACAUUUCAGGUACUAUGAAUCAUGUUGCAACUCAUCUCCACAGAUCUAUUGCUUUUGUGAAGGUUUAUUUCUUCUCUCCAUAUCUUCUCCUUAAACAUUGCUAACAUUAGAACAUUAGUGACACUAGACUGCGCUGUAGACAUGAAUAUUAAUAAAUACUCAAUAUUUAUGUUAUGGAUUCUGAAACUAUUGAAGUGAUUACUCAGUCACUGUUUCAUGCUCAGAAGGAAAACUCUUUGAGGCUUCGCUAGGUUUGAGUGUUGGGGUUUUUUAGUAUCUUAGGGAUAUAACACUUAAAAUAC